CUCGUGUGCUUUUCGCCUAUCUUUUAUACCCCUCGGUGUUUUCUUCGUUGCCUUAUCCACUGUUCCAUACGGAUCUGUCUCGGAAAUCCCUCGCGCCAUCGGUGUACUACCUCAAUUGGGGCUGAUACUCAGUCCUGGAGAUCCAUGCGCCUGGCCUGGAGGAGCCGCGCGCCGUCUUACAACUGUCGGCUGUUUCCAGUAUGGAUGUUCUGCUCAUCGCCCAUCAUGACAACCUCGGACCUCCGCCCUCGGGGCAUGUCGAUUCCCGGAUUGGAAGUCUGAGCGGUUGUCGCAAUGAGGGGUGGGACGAGAAACAUGGUUGGCUACAGACCGGCGUGGUAUUGGGGAGCCUGGGUUCCCGCGCGACCAGCUGCGGCUAUAUGCAGAAUACUAGAACAGUCGGGGCAGGGAAGGACACGGAGAGUUGCCUGUUGAGGGCAUGCUAUAAAACCGUCCGAGCCCUUGAGGCUGACUUUCAGACCCUCGAACCUCCGGUCUAUGACCAGCCCCCGCCGUCCUACGAUGAUGCGAUAUGUGAUCUACCUCCGGACUACUCCACACUUGCGCCGUUAGCUCAGCGAAAGGACCUAGUUCAGGACUCCGCGCCUGCACGGACCACGGAGGAAUCAAAGCCUGGGCCCGCGUCUCGGUGGAUCGAUCUGGGGUCGACCUCCGGGGUCCGUGAGCACAAGGGAGGAAAGAAGAAGAAAAAGCCCGCUACGCAGCCACAGCGGCAGAGUACGCCGCCGGAGGACAGCGGGGGUGAUAAGCCGGAAGGGGGCGGCCCCGGCGAUGAUCAGAAUGGCGAUGGUGCCGGAAACGACGGAGGUGAUGGCGGUAAUGACAAUGGCGGGGGCGGUGAUGGAGGCGACGGAGGCGAAAGGGGCGAUGGAGGUGAUGGAGAUGGCGAGGACGACGAUUGGAACGCAUGGAACUCGACUUCGACAAAGAAGAACAAGAAAAAGAAGAAGCAGGAAGAGGAGGAAGAGCGCCUGAGAAAGGAGGAGGAGGAGAAAGCGGCGAAGGAAGAGGAGGAGAGACUCGCGAAGGAAGAGGAGGAAAGACUCGCGAAGGAAGAGGAGGAAAGACUCGCGAAGGAAGAGGAGGAGAGGCUGGCCAAAGAGGAGGAAGAGAAAAAGGCCGCUGAAGACGCCGCCGCCGCCGCUGCCGCCGCUGCCGCUGCCAACAGUCUCAGCUGGGCUGACGAUGCAGAUGGAAACGGUGAUGACGCGUGGGGCGGAUUUACGACUACCACCAAGAAGAAGAAAAAGAAGGGCAAGGCCGCCGACCCCGUCCCAGCCGAUCCUCCUUCGAACGCUUUCCAGGAAGUUAGUCUAAAUGAUGGCGCACCGCAACUCGACCUGAGCUUCCCUCCUCCGGCAGCCGACAACAAUAGCUUCAACUUCGGAUGGGGCGGCGGCAAGGGUGGCUGGGGCUCGAACGACAAAUGGGGCCUCGACUCUGUCGGGAAGGAUAGCAAACCCAAGGAGGACAACAACCCUUGGUCUUUCGCCACGGAUAACAACGCUUCGGUUGGAUUCGGGUUUGGCAGUAUAGACCCGCCUGCUCCUGAACCUGUUGCCGAAGAGAACAAGGCGGAAGAAGAUCUCUGGGCCGGGUUUUCUACGGCUACUAAGAAGGACAAGAAGAAAAAGAAGAAGGCACUCGAAGAGGAACCUCCACAAGAACCUGAGCCUGAGCCAGAGCCAGUUCAGGAACCCGAACCCGAACCGGAGCCUGAGCCUGAGCCUGAGCCCGAGCCCGAGCCCGAACCUAAACCCGUCCCUGAACCUGCACCUGUCAUCGAAAGUUCCUGGGCACAAGGUCUUUCUAAGAAAGAGAAGCGAAAGGCAAAGAAGGGGCAGGUUAAGCCUGUCGAGGAGCCGGCUCCUGAGCCGGUCGUUGAAGAGCCGAAAGUUGAUGAUACCUGGGCGGCUGAGCCUGAACCGGAGCCGGAGAAGCCAGUCGAGGUGGCCGAUGACGAUGACUGGGGGGCCUGGGGUGGGGUCACCAAUAAAGACAAGAAAAAGAAGAAGGGUAUUGUGGUUGAAGAACCCCCUCCGGAGGAGCCUCCUGCACCUGAGCCCCCUGCAGCAGUCGAGCCAGCGCCAGCGGAAGACGACUGGUCUGCUUGGACCUCCAGCUCGAAGAAGAAGGACAAGAAGGCCAAGAAGAACGCGAUCCUCGAGGAGCCAGUCAUCGAAGAGCCGCCUGCUCCAGAACCAGAACCACCAGCAGAGCCUGAGCCUGCUCCUGAGCCUGCGCCUGAGCCCGUUGCGGAGAAGAAAGAGGAGGACGACUGGGCGCCCUGGGGUGUCUCCACCAAAAAGGAUAAGAAAAAGAAGAAGGGCAAGUUGAUUGAACCGGAGCCAGAGCCGGAACCCCUGCCUGAACCUGAGCCGGAGCCGGAGCCUGCUGUAGAGCCGGAACCUGAGCCAGUCAUUGAGCCUGAACCAGAACCGGAACCUAAGCCUGAGCCGGAACCAGUGAAGGAGCCUGAACCGGAGCCUGAGCCUCCUCAGUUACCGGACAACCCGCUUUAUAAUAACUGGCUUACCCUCUCGUCCAAGGAUAGGAAGAAGCGAGAAAAGCAGCUGGUAAAGAAAGGACUCCCGGUCCCUGGUAAAGAUUUCGACUGGCCACCCAAGGAGCCAGAGCCCACGCCAGAACCUGAACCUGAACCGGAGCCUGUCCAAGAGCCAGAGCCUACUCCAGAACCGGAGCCGGAACCUGAGCCUGUUGCUGAACCUGAACCGGAGCCGGAGCCUGUUGCUGAACCUGAACCUGAACCUGAACUGGAGCCGGAGCCUGAGCCUGAGCCAGUCCCAGAAGCCGAACCUGAACCGAUUCCUGAGCCUAUCCCUGAACCCAUCCCUGAAGUAGUCCCGGAAAAGACUUACGAGGAAAACAGCUGGGGCAUCUGGAACACGUCGAAGGACAAGAAGAAAAAGAAGAGCAAGAUCGCUCUCGAACCUCCUCCGCCCGCGCCUACCCCUCCCUCCUUUGGAUUCACUCCUGAGCACGAUGACUUUGUACCUACAGAGCAUGUACCAGAGGAACCUCUCUAUGAUGACUAUGACACACCUUCGAAGGGAGCGAAGAAGGGUUAUGGCGAAGAGGAAGCCAAGCCUGCCAUGGGAUUUUGGGCCAGCCUGGGUGUAGCGGCCAUGGGCAAACCCAAGACAACGAAGAAGAAGUCUGUCGAGAAGCCCAAAAUCAUCGAUGAAGCACCGGAGCCUGAGCCUGAGCCUAUACGAGCCAGCCAGUUCUCCGUGGAAGACUUCCUGAUUGACGUUGACGAUGAUCUGAAGAUGCCCGAGGCGCCCGAACCGCCCAUCGCGCCAGUUGUCGAAGAACCACCCGCACCAGCCGCGCCGCCAGCGAAGGCUUCUGCUGGCACCUCCAAGACCAAGUCAUCCGCCAAACUGUCCGUCGCAGAGCGAAUCAAAGUGCUGGAGCAGACUAGGAGGGACAAACUGAAAGAGAUGGCCGAGAAAGCUAAGGCCAAGGAGACCCCACCCCCACCUCCACCCCCGCCCCCAGAAGAACCCCCUCAGCCCGAGCCCGUCGAGCUUUUUGAACCUGAGCCAGCUCCAUACAAAACCCCCUCUCGGGACUUGCUUCCCGGGAGUUUCCCGGACGCAUUCGACGACGACUUUGACGAUAUUCCGCCACCUGCUCCAGAGCCACCUGCUUUCGAACCAGAACCGGAGCCGGAGCCGGAGCCGGAGCCGGAGCCAGUACCCGAACCUAAGCAGCCUGAGCCCGAGCCCGAGCCGGUGCUCUUGUCAAAGAAAUCCAAGAAGAAGGAGAAAAAGAAGGCGAAAGCUAUCGUACUUGAGCCCGAGCCCGAGCCGAUCCCUGAGCCAGUCCCUGAGCCCGUCGCGGAACCGGAACCAGAGCCGGAGCCGGUACCUGAGCCAGAACCACCAGUGGCUGAGCCGGAGCCUGAGCCUGCACCCCCGGCACCUGAGCCUGCACCAGCGCCGAUCUCAAAGACUGAGAAGAAGAAAAAGAAGAAGAAGGUUGUCGAGCCGGAGCCGGAGCCGGAGCCUGAACCUGAACCUGAACCUGAACCUAUUCCCGCCCCUGCUGAACCCGAGCCUGUUCCCGAACCCAUUCCCGAACCGCCGGUCGAGCAAGAGCAGGAAUUUCUACCGGAGCUCGAUGAAGCGCCUCCCAUUCCCAAGCCCGAAAAGAAGAAGAAGAGCAAGAAGGUCUCUAGUCUAGAGCGGACACUGCCACCUGUGGAGCAGAUCCCUGCCGAUGCCGAAAUGGCGAACGCAGCUGAGCCAGCUGAACCCGAAGUAGAAGUAGGCCCUCCAACGCCUCCACCGGAAGUUGCUGAGCCUGAGCCCGAACCCGAGCCCAAGCCUAAGCCGGUGAAGAAGGAGCGCGUUCGGCUUGAACGCGCGCCAGGCUCUACCGCGUGGGGCUUCUUGAGCGCCACGCCGCCCAAGAAACCAUCCCAGCGGGAACAACGACAUCGUCGGGAGCAGUCGCCACCACAGAUCAUCCGAUCCAAGUCGACCAGGCAGUCGCGGCCCAAGGAGCCUGAGAACGAGGGCGAGAAAUCGUCAUCUGACAAGGAGCGGCGUCGAGAAGCCCGUCAGAGCAAGGGGUUGGCCUUCUCGAACUUUAUCUUGGGGGCGCCUCCGCCUACCAGGACUAAGUCUAGUCGGAGACCUGGGGCACAUGCAUCGCGAUCGGUGUCGAGACGUCCAUCCGUGGAUAUGGAAGAUGCGGGCUUCCCGACUCCUCCGCCGGAAAGCAGACGCGACGUGCCAGAUAAGGCGGCUAGGAUGAUGGGUGUCAAUGGCACCUCUAGGAGAGAAAGACCGCAUGGAUCUCGGAGACAAUCGCGCAUUCGCGAUCCGUAUGCAAUCGACGACGAGGACAUGGUCAUGGUUGACCGGGAUGAUAUUGAUGCUCCAAAGGCCAACUCCAGAGGAUCGAGAUAUUCAGACAGACGGUCAAGAAGACAGUCGCGGUCCAGACAUGAAGACGACGCUGUCAUGCUCGACGCAGAACACCCUCACCAAGGCCCGGAAGUCUUCUCGGGCCCCGACGAUCUUGCCUUUGUGGAAGCACCAAGGGAACGCCGCCUGAGACGCUCGAGCACGGCCCCAAAGAAACCCGAGUCCACCGGCCUGAUGGGUUUCAUUGGCUCGUUGCGCAAGUCCACCCGUCCGGACCCCCCGGAGCGUCGAAAGUCGCGGUCCCAGCGUGACGACGACGCCAGAUACAUGACGGAGCCAGAGCGGGACUACUCCCGACGCCCACGACGCGAGGAGAGGAGAAGACGCCCGGAAAGAGCGGACGUCGAUGACGAGGCCUUUGCCUACGAAGGCGGUCCAGUCGGCGGCUUUCCCGAGACGGAUAUCGACGAGGUGGAUGCGAGGAGAGCGGCCCGUCGGUCUCGACGAUCCUCCCGCCAGGCACCGUCUGAUCACCGCGACAGCGAAUGGCGCGAAGCCGAGGAGAGACGUGCGCGGCGGCGAGAGCGAGAAAGGGCGCGGGAGCGCGAGAUGCAAGAGCGCGAGAUGCAGGAACGACAGCUCCGCGAGGAAGAAGAACGCGAAGACAGACGGAGAGAAGAACGACGAGCACGCAGGGCCGCUCGUGAAGAGCGCCGUGCCAGAGAAGAGCAACAGGCUCGGGCGCAAGAGGCCGAAGCCCAAGCCCACGCCGACGCCGAAGCGCGGGCUGCGGAACGACGCGAACGCAGACGCCGGCGGGAGGCAGAGAUGCAAGACGCCCCCGCCUACGAGCCACGGCCCAAGCGACGAUCCUCCCGUCACCCCAACCCCAACCCCAGCCCCAUCGACGACAGAACCGCACGGGAAUUCUACCUAGGCGGCCACGAUGGCUUCGAUCGCCGCGACGCAUACCGUCCCCAUCCCCGUCCCGACCGCUCCGCCGACGACGGCGCGCGCCCUAAACGCCGCAAAUCCCGCGCCCCAGACCCGUACCCGCCCCCGCCCAUGAUGUCCGGCGGCCGCAAGGACAAGGAUAAAACUUCAUCCUGGGUCAACUCGCAGGCUAGCGAACCCCCGGAGCCCCCACCGCUGGUCGCUACCGUGCUGGAUGUCCCGCCGGGGCGCGGGGAUCCGAUGAACACGCACUCGAUUUCUUCGGAUGAGGAGACGAGGCGUGGGAUGAGGCGCAGGGCCAGACUACGGGCUAGAUAUCCUGGUUUGAAUGAUGAGGAAAUCGAUGACUUGAGGGCCCGGAAGCGUGAGGCGAGACGCUCGGAGAGGAGUUCGGGGAGUGCGGAUUACGAACGGGCUCGGGGGAUGAGGGCAUAUGACGAUCGGUAUGAUGCGCCGCCGGUGGGUAGGAUGCCGGGUUGGUUUAGGAAGUUGACUAACAUGGGUUGAUUACCUUGGGCUGGCUGAGCUGUGCUGAUACUGAUGCUGAUGCUGAUGCAUACAAUGUUGAGGAUGCAUGCAUGCAUGCAUGCAUCUUAUGAGUGAACGA